AUGUCCUCAGAAUUAGUUCCUAAGGUGCUUGAAUUACUCAAAUCUCACAAGGUCCUACAGUUUUCUGCUAGUUGGUGCCCUGAUUGUAGAUACGCAAACUCCGUUUGGAAGAAACUUGGUAUCGAGAAUAAAAUCUACGUGUUUGACAUUGCUUCUUUCCCUAGACCUGAUCAAGAGCAAUGGAGAUCUGCAUUUCAACAAGUUACUGGUAGCAGAAACUUACCCAGUAUCUACUACAAUGGUACUCUAUGGGGCACAGAAUCUCAAUUGCACGCAUUUGAGAACAAUGGUACAUUGAGGGAUGAGCUUAGAAAAAUAGGUUUACUUUAA